ACUUUUAAACAAAUAUCAUCAUUAUUUUAAUCACCAUCAUCAUCAUCUUGGUUUCUAACCCCCAUCUUAACUGAUAACACACUGAAACUUUUGUUAUAAAACAAGGCAUUACAUCAAGUAUUAUGUACUAGAUUUUCCCACAAAAAAUGCACUACUACAUCCUGCCUAUUCUUUUUUCAAUAUACAUUAUUGCAACUUGCAAUCUAUGUGAAGACUCAAUGAUCACAUGUCCGGAUCUCAAGGAUCAAUGUGAUCAGGGAUUUGUGCAGAGUCAAUGCCCAUACACUUGUGGAAUAUGCCAUCAGGAUCCAAAUCAAUGUACUGACACUAACUUAGAUUGCUUGAAGUUUGAUUCAAUGUGCAAGACGGAUGUGAAGUAUCAGAAACAAUGCCCAUACACCUGUGGAACCUGCGUACCAGCUACCCCGGACAGCUGCUUUGAUCAUAUGAUUGAGUGCCCAAAUUAUAGCGUUCCAUGUACUGACGCUGUUAAGAUACAAUGCCCAAAAAGGUGUGGAGUUUGCACCUCGGGAGCCAGUAAUUCGACAUUAGCUCCUCCCAGACCGUCACCAACUCCACCAUGUUUUGAUAGUGGCAACGAAUGCGCCACCUAUACGCUGCCAUGUGAUGUGAACCAAAAGAUAUUCUGCCCACGGACCUGUGGAGUUUGUGGAAGUACUGGGGUACCUAUGGCUCAAACUACGUUGCUCACUACGGUAAAGCCUACGACUACAGUAGUACCAAGUACUACAACAAAACUGCCAGCUACCACGACCAAGAAGCUUCCAUCAACUACGCCAAAGCCACCAUGCAAGGAUUCGUCGCCAAACUGUGCCGGGUGGGCAAAAAACGGCUUCUGCACGAACACCUUCUAUCCACCGGAGAAGAGAAAGGAGUACUGUGCAAAGACAUGUAGAAUGUGCUGAUUUUUUGAUUUAAUAAAUUAUUUAUUCUU